GCACAGUUGUACGCAGAAACGCGAGGGGUGGUGGAUUAAGUAUCUUGGCCAGCAGGGCUUCGGAGGGAGUUUUAGAGCUUCUCUCUUGCUCUUUCUCGUACACUCCACCACACCCUCUGUUGCUGGCGGACCUGAGCAUAAGCCGGUCUCGCUCUAACUCCCUUCUGUGGCAAUUGAAGCCGGGCCAAGAAUCCGAGAGAAUAUGCGAGGAGACGCAGCGAGCGAAAGCAGAGUCUUGUCCAACUGCCGGCAGCUCGCGUUUGUUGCAGAUCUGAGCCGGGUCGCAGUGUGACGCCGCGGUGAGACCGACCAUGAAACUUCUGUGGAACUGCCUCUUGCUGCAGCUGCUCUCAGUGGAAGGGUUCGGAUUCCGGGCCAGGACAGUCAGCGGCAACCCAAGGCUGAAGCUAUCGUACAACGAUCUGGUUUCCCGAGGCCUUGUCACAUACCAGUUGAAUUAUUCGUGCUGUUACAACACUCUUCUGCUGGACGAGGAGAGAUGCCAGCUGUUUGUGGGCUCAAAGAAUUACCUCAUUGCCCUCAACCUGAACAACAUCAGCAAGCACGAGAAGAAGAUUUACUGGCCGGCCCCUGUGGAGUGGAGAGAGGAAUGCAACUGGGCAGGAAAAGAUUUACACGCAGACUGUGCCAACUUCAUCAAAGUCCUGCAUCAGUUCAACAGGACCCACCUGUAUACCUGUGGCACUGGAGCUUUCCACCCCGUCUGUGCAUACGUGGAGGUCGGGAGCAAGUUUGACGAGCACCAGUUCAGGAUUGACUUCAAUCAAAUUGAAGAUGGAAAAGGAAGGAGUCCUUACGAUGCCAAGCACCUCUCCACCUCCAUUUUGAUAGGUGAGGAGCUCUACUCCGGUGUCGCCACUGACCUGAUGGGCCGUGACUUCACCAUCUUCCGUAGCCUCGGUCACCGGCAUUCCAUUCGGACUGAGCAGCACGACUCACGGUGGCUGAAUGACCCCAAGUUUGUUGGAUCUUUCUGGAUCCCCGAGAGCGACAACCCAGACGAUGAUAAGCUCUAUUUCUUCUUCCGGGAGAUAGCCGUCGAAGGACAGGACCUCGGGAAGUCCACCUUCUCGCGGGUUGGCCAGCUGUGUCGGAAUGAUCACGGAGGCUUGAGAAGUCUGGUGAAUAAGUGGACAACAUUCCUGAAGGCACGGUUAAUCUGCUCGGUCCCAGGCAAUGAAGGGAUUGACACUCAUUUCAAUGAGCUUAGGGAUGUUUUCUUCCUGCAAACAAGAGAUCGCAGGAACCCUCUAGUCUACACUGUCUUCAGCACCUCAAGCAAUGUGUUCAAAGGCUCCGCCGUGUGCGUGUACAGCAUGAAUGACAUCCGCAGAGCUUUCCUGGGGCCCUUUGCACACAAGGAGGGCCCAAACUAUCAGUGGGCCCCCUAUCAGGGAAAGGUGCCUUACCCCCGACCAGGAAUGUGUCCAAGCAAAACCUUUGGAGGCUUCCAGUCCACCAAGGAGUUCCCUGACGAUGUGGUGUUGUUUGCCCGUAACCAUCCCCUAAUGUACAAUCCGAUUUACCCCAUCAACCACCGGCCAAUCCUCACCAAGACCAACGUUGACUACAGUUUCAUGCAGAUCGUGGUGGACAGAGUGGAUGCAGGAGAUGGUCGCUACGACGUCAUGUUUAUCGGCACAGAUAUCGGGACAGUGUUGAAAGUGAUCUCCGUGCCGAAAGAAAGCUGGCAGAACAUGGAAGAGUUAGUCCUCGAAGAAAUGCAAGUUUUCAAGGACUCCGCGCCGAUCACUAAUAUGGAGCUCUCGUCAAAAAGGCAACAGCUGUACAUUGGCUCCGAUUCAGCAAUCUCCCAGCUGCCUCUGCAACGCUGCAGCAUCUAUGGAAAGGCGUGUGCUGAGUGCUGCCUGGCCCGAGAUCCCUACUGUGCCUGGGACGGAAAUGCAUGCACCAGAUACCUGUCAAACACCAAGAGGAGGUUCCGGCGGCAAGAUGUGAGGAACGGAGAUCCCAACACUUUGUGUUCUGGAGAUCGCCAUCGGCACAGGGUGAUAGAGAAGAAGUUGUACGGAGUGGAAGGCAGCAGCUCGUUCUUGGAGUGCAUUCCCAAAUCCCUGCAGGCCCAAGUCACCUGGACCUUCCAGAAACGGCCCGGUGCUCCCAAAGAUGAGGUCCAACUGAACGAGCACAUCAUCCAGACCGAGCGAGGUUUGCUGCUCCGUAGCAUUCACCGCAAGAAUGCCGGCAUGUUCUUCUGUCACUCCAUGGAGCACGACUUCACCCAGACCCUCAUGCAGAUCUCGCUGGAGGUGAUCGGGCUGGAGCAGGCCGACGAGCUCCUGGGCCAUCACCCUGCCACGGACCGCAGCCCGCAGGCGGCCUUCCCCCACCAGAAGGUGUGGUACCGGGACUUCCUGCAGCUGGUGGAUCACCCCAGCCUAAAGACGGUGGACGAGGUCUGCCAGCAGGCGUGGAGACAGAGGGUGAAGCAGGCCAAGCACAAGCGGAACUCCGUCCGGGCCCUGCAGAACAAGUGGAAGCACCUGCAGGAGAUGAGGAAGGGGAGGAACCGGCGCACCCACGAGCCAGCCCCGCGCGCCGAGAGGGCUCCUCGCAGCGCGGUCGUACAGUGAUCCCGAGGAAGGUGAAUGCGGAAACAUUUCUGGGAGCGGUGGCAAGGACUGAAGUGAUGUGUUUGGCACCAACCUUCUCUGCACAAGGUUUACAUGGACCUCCCGAGUGGAAGGACAUCUCUCUCACUAUUGAAACCACUAUGACACUAACACCCAUCACUUUAUGUUCUAGUGUGUAGGAAUUACUUCUUAUAUUCAAGGCUAUGGAUAGCAAUAAUAAGUACUAGGGCUUAUUAGGAUUGUCAGCAGCCUCCUAUAGGUCUUCAGAGGCUUCUUCUGUCCCUUUUGGCUUCUCAUCCUUGAGAGAGUCUCUCCCUCUUUCCAUCUCAACCUUCAAAACGACCAUCGCCUGAGAGGCUGAAGACGAACCACAUUGGGGAAUAUGGUGUUCUUAGUGGCUGGGGCAAAAGCUUUUAACCCUUUGCAGCCCACACAAUCCAAAUUCUGCCGAGGUUUCCAAGCUCGAGGCGGCCUUGCAAGUGGACAUGUGGAAAACAACAAAGGAUCCUAGUGAUCGAAUCCCGAGUGAUCUGUGGUUACAACGGCACCUGGGCAUUGGAUUUCUUGGUGUUCACUUGGAGACAACCCAACUGACUUACACUCCAAAUGGUAGAUAGAACUGGUGACAUUUCUGUUUUCAGUUUGGAGUCAAGGGGGCUGUGAAGGGUUAAUUGAAGAUUGGGAGAGCUCCUGAAGAAGGUGACCCUCUGAUGAAUGUUUCUGUUUUCUUUUGGUUGGACCGUAUUGUCAGGUGUUGGUGCCUUUGGGGCUUGCUGCUAAUUCAUGCCUGUUUUCAGUUAACGCUAGCACCCCGAAAUGUACGAUAGCAGAGCUUGCUCAAUCGUUCACACUCCCCAUGGUCUGAACACCAGAGGUAGCCAACCCUCACUCCAGUUAGCUCUGAUGAAUGUAGAACAUAAUAACUGCAAAGAAAUCUCACCGCACGCACAAAAAAAAAUGCGCAACUGCAAGAGAAAAGACUUGACUGAAAGUGCCUUGAAAUGUACUCAAGCCCAGUGUGAGGACUGAUAAGAGGAUAGUCGUGUGUAAACCUGUUCAAAGGAAAAUAGAAUGUGCUGCUGGUGUUUUUUGUGAAGAUAGAAAACUUUGAGAAGAGCUUGUUAUUGCAAUGUUUCUCCUCUCGUCUGCGUUACAAGUCAGCAUCUGGCUUGGGUUGAAUGAUGGAGCGCGUUUGGGCAUAUAAUUAGCACAGAGCACAAGGUCAGAGGGCAAAGUUAAUUGUAGACAAGAAAGUCUAUGCUUUAAUUAAAAAAGAAACCCAAAAUGGUGAAAACACACGGCAGGUCAGGUAGCAUCUGUGCAGUGAGAAACAGUGUUAGCGUUUCAGGUUGAUGACUUCAUCUGCGCAGUUCUGAUGAAGCCGUGACUCUGAUUCCAUCUCCACAGCUGCUGCUUGACCUCCUGAACAUUUGCAGCAUUCUCUUUAUCUCUGACAUGUUCACUGUUGUGAGCAAGGUCCAAAAUAUUUCACUUGGUUAUAAUCUCCAGUUCCACAACUAAAUUUGAGCACAUAUUGUGUCAACCCCUUCACAAGUUUCAAUUGUGUUAUACAAUGAAUGUCAAUGCCAUGUGACCAGUACCGUAUUAUUUGUGAGGUACAGAUUCUGUUACGUGCUGAGGUACUAAACUGUCACUGUUUUUAAUUUCCAAUAAAUUGUUUUGAUCACUAAAGCAUAGAGUCAUAGAGUCCUAGAACACCACAGCAUAGAAGCAGGUCCUUCGGCCCAUCUAGUCUGUUGAAAUGUUUUCCUGCUUAGUCCCAUUUCACUGCACCUGGACCAUAGACCUCCAUAUCCCUUCCAAAAAUUUCUCUUAAAUGUUGUGCUCCCAUCAACCACUUCCACAUCACACCAUCCUGUGAGGGAAGAAGCUCCCCCUCAAGUUGCCCUUAAAUUUUCCAACUUUCAUCCUAGACAUCUAUGACCUCUAGUUCUAGUCUCACCCAACUUCAGUGGCAAAACCUGUUUUCAUUUAGCUUAUCUCCACCCCUCCUAAUUUUGUAUACCUCUAUCAAAUCUCCCCUCAUUCUCCUGUGCACCAGGAAAUGGAGUCCUACCCUAAGCAACCUUUCCUCGUAACUCAGGUCCUCAACAUCCCUGUAUAUUUUCUCCGUACUCUUUCAAUCUUACCGAUAUUUUUCCUGUAGGUAGGUGACCAGAACUGCACACAAUACUCCAAGUUUGCUUCAAAGUAAUUAUCUGUGGACUGUGGUUGGCUGCCCAUGGGGUUUUCUUGUAUGUCGGUAACCCUGCUAACUCAGGACCUCUCAACCUGUGGUCCAUGGGCCCCUCCGUUAAGGGUAGGGGUCCGUGGCAUAAUAUAGGUUGGGAACCACUGUGCUAACUAUUAUCCAGAAGAAGAGAUCUGCUCUGGAAGAUGAUCUAGGGCCAGGAUGGUUGGUUGAUUAAAAACUAAGUCUGUUUUAAAAUCUGGGUCAGGUGGAGUGGGUAUGAUGGAUGGUAGUUCCUAACCAAGGUAAAUAAGAUAAGGUUCAGACAGAAGGUGCUGUGUUCUCUGAGCUGACGUGAAUGGGUGAACUGUCUCUCAUGAUAUACAGGAAUAGUUUACAACUCAUAACAGCAGCACAAAUCACAAACUGAAACUUGGCUGAAGUCCGAGAUAAGUGGGGAGGAACUAAUGGCAGCAAAUGGUUAUUUGAAAUGAGAAAGGAUGAUAGAGCUGAGAAGUACUGAUCUCAAUUGUGAUUAUUCAAUGAUAAUCAUUGAUCUUUACCGUAAAUCCCUUCCCUUCUUUUAUUGUUUCCUAAUCUUUCUCUCGCAUUGUGAAUUUGCAGCUUCUUGCUAUGUUUCUAUUCCUUCAUUGGAUGAAGAUGAAGAUUAGCUUUAUUUGUCAAAUGUACAUUCAAACAUUCAGUAAAAAGAGUCAACGACCA